CCGGCGCUGCCGCCGCAGCUCCGCCGGGGCACGCACGGACGCACGCGCUGACGCACGCACGCCCUGCGCUCCUCGCGCCGCCGCGGCCGCUUCCGCACCCUCUGCGAGCGCCGUCCAUUCGGCCGAGAUGCUGCGGGCCUGUCAGUUGUCCGGCGUGACCGCCGCCGCCGCCCAGAGUUGUCUCUGCGGGAAGUUGGUCCUCCGUCCAUUGCGAUCUUGCCGUAGAUACUCAACUUCAGGCAGUUCUGGGUUGACUGCUGGCAAAGUUGCUGGAGCUGGCCUUUUGUUUGUCGGUGGAGGUGUUGGUGGCACUAUUCUAUACGCAAAAUGGGAUUCCCAUUUCCGGGAAAGUGUAGAGAAAACCAUACCUUACUCAGACAAACUCUUUGAGAUGGUUCUUGGUUCUGCACCUUAUAGUAUUCCACUGCCAAAGAAGCCGGUUCAGCCUGGUCCACUAAAAAUUUCUAGUGUAUCAGAGGUAAUGAAAGAAUCUAAACUACCUGCCUCACAACUCCAGAAGCACAAGGCAGAUACUCCAGCAUCAACGGCAGCAGGUGAUACGCUGUCAGUCCCAGCCCCUGCGGUUCAGCAUGAGGAAUCUGUAAAAACCGAUCGCCCUGAAAUCGGUGGAGGAAAACCCACACUUGUAACUUCAGAGGAAGCAUCCUCACCUUCUAUAAGGGAGCGCCCACCUGAAGAAGUUGCAGCUCGCCUUGCGCAACAGGAAAAGCAAGAGCAAGUUGAGAUUGAGUCUCUAGCUAAGAGCUUAGAAGAUGCUCUGAGCCAAACUGCUUCCAUCACUCUACAGGCCAUUGCUGCUCAGAAUGCUGCAGUCCAGGCCGUCAAUGCACACUCCAGCAUCCUGAAAGCGGCCAUGGACGACAUGGAGGCUUCGGGUGAGAAGAAGUCUGCUCAGUGGCGUACAGUGGAAGGUGCAUUGAAGGAACGCAGAAAGGCAGUAGAUGAAGCUGCUGACGCCCUUCUCAAAGCCAAAGAAGAGUUAGAAAAAAUGAAAAGUGUAAUUGAAAAUGCAAAAAAAAAAGAGGUCACCGGGGCCAAGGUUCAUAUAACUGCAGCAGAAGGGAGACUUCAUAACAUGAUUGUGGAUUUGGAUAAUGUGGUCAAAAAGGUCCAGGCAGCUCAGUCGGAGGCUAAGGUUGUGUCUCAGUACCAUGAGCUGGUGGUCCAAGCCCGGGAUGACUUUAAACGAGAACUAGACAGUAUUACACCAGAAGUCCUUCCUGGCUGGAAAGGGAUGAGUAAGUACAACUGAUGCAUUGUUGUUGUU